AUGUGGCACACGCUGGCCCUGCUGCUGCUGCUGCUCCCCUCUGCCUUGGUGCCCCCCUCCGCUGCAGCCCCGAUCCGUGAUGCUGACGCCCAGGAAAGCUCCUCUGGCUUCCUGGGCCUCCAGAGACUGCUACAAGGCUUCACCCGGCUUUUCCUGAAAGAUGACCUGCUGCGGAGCAUGGACAGCUUCUUCUCGGCGCCCAUGGACCUGCGGGGCCUCCCUACGAACUACCACCAAGAAGAGAACCAGGAGCGCCAGCUGGGGAACAACACUCUCUCCAGCCACCACCAGAUCGACAAGGUGACUGACAACAAGACAGGAGAGGUGCUGAUCUCCGAGAAGAUGGUGGCCUCCAUUGAGGCAGGAGAUGGGAGCCUGGAGGGUGACUGGAAGGUGCCCAAGCCAGAGGAGAAGGAGGCCCUGGUGCCCGGCCCAAAGGCCUUGGACAGCUUCCACCCCGAACCGCACCCCCGAGUGGCCUUCUGGAUCAUGAAGCUCCCGCGGCGAAGGUCUCACCAGAGUGCCCCUGAGGGCAGCCACUCCGUCAGCGAGAAGGAGCACCGCCUGCAGGCCAUCCGGGACGGGCUGCUGGAGGGGGCCCGAGAGGAAGCCCUGCAAAAAGGGCCCCAGGGCUCCCCCCACUUCAAGCCGCCUGCCCGCAAGACGCACUUCCUGUACAUCCUCAGGCCGUCUCAGCAGCUAUAG